AUGGCGCUGGUCAACCUCCUCCUCUCGCCGUGGGCACUGCUCGCUGCAGCAGUGGCCCUGGUGGCCUACUACCUACUCCCUUACUUCACGACAUAUGGCCACCUCCGAGGCAUCCCGGCGCCGUUCCCGGCCCAGUUCUCGAACCUCUGGUUGCUGUCCGUGGUCCGCAGGGGCAACAGGUACCUGAGGGUCGACCAGCUGCACAAGGAGCUCGGCCCCAUCGUCAGGAUACAGCCCAACCACAUCAGCGUCAACGACGACGAGGCCAUCCAGACCAUCUACGGCCAUGGCAAUGGCUUCCUGAAAUCCGUCCGGCGUACCAGUGAGUUCUACGACGCAUUCGUGUCCAUCCGCCGCGGCCUCUUCAACACCCGAGACCGCGCCGAGCACUCGCGCAAGCGCAAGAUCGUGUCCCACACCUUCUCGGCCAAGUCGGUCGCCCAGUUCGAGCCCUACAUCCACCAGAACCUCGAGCUCUUCGUCAAGAAGUGGGACUCGCUCGCCGCCCUCGCGCCCACGAAAGACGGCGCCGCCCACGUCGACUGCCUCAACUGGUUCAACUACCUGGCCUUCGACGUCAUCGGCGACCUGGCCUUCGGCUCGCCCUUCGGCAUGCUCGAGAACGGCGCCGACAUGGCCGAGGUGCGCGCCUCGCCGACGAGCCCGCCCAUCUACGCGCCCGCCAUCGAGAUCCUGAACCGCCGGGGGGAGGUCUCGGCCACGAUCGGCAUCCUGCCCCAGAUCAAGCCCUACGCGCGCUACUUCCCGGACCCUUUCUUCAGCAACGGCCUUGCCGCCGUGCAGAACCUGGCCGGCAUUGCCGUCGCGAAGGUCAAGGCGCGGCUCGACAACCCGCCGAGCGCGGACCGCAAGGACCUGCUCGCGCGCCUCAUGGAGGGCCGCGACGACAAGGGCGAGCCCCUGGGCCGCGAGGAGCUGACCGCCGAGGCCCUGACGCAGCUCAUCGCCGGGAGCGACACGACGAGCAACUCGUCGUGCGCGCUGCUCUUCUACGUCGCGCGCACGCCCGGCGUCCUGGAGAAGAUGCAGCGGGAGCUCGACGCGGCCAUCCCGGCGGACUGCGACGUGCCGACGUUCGACAUGGUCAAGGACCUGCCGUACCUGUCCAACGUCAUCAACGAGACGCUGCGCUACCACUCGACCUCGGGCAUCGGCCUGCCGCGGCAGGUCCCGCCGGGCUCCGCGGGCGUCACCAUCCAUGGGCACUACUUCCCGCCGGGCACCAUCCUCAGCGUGCCGACGUACAGCAUCCACCACUCGCGCGAGAUCUGGGGCCCCGACGCCGACGACUUCAACCCGGACCGGUGGGACGGCCUGACGCCGCGGCAGAAGAACGCCUUCAUCCCGUUCAGCUACGGCCCGCGGUCGUGCGUGGGCCGCAACGUGGCCGAGAUGGAGAUGAAGCUCAUCGCGGCGACGUGGUCGCGCCGGUACAGCGUGUUCCUGCGGCAGGACUACAUGGACACGCGGGAGGGGUUCCUGCGCAAGCCGCUGGGCUUGGAGAUUGGGUUUUCGAGGAGGCGCUGA